AUGUGGCAAAUGCUAACGGAAAAAUUGCUUACCGAGCUUGUUGGUGGUGGUCAUAAGAUUUCAGCUGGAAGUGAAAGAGAAAUUGUUUGGCGCUAUACACCCUGGCUCGGUGAUCACGCUGCUAAAGGAGUUAUACGGCAUUUGCGACAUACCCUACAAGCAAAAAAAGAAGAAGAAGAAGAAUGA